UCUGCUUGGUCUUGGUCCUUUCGAUGUCGGACGAGCAGGGCAGUGCAAAGCGAAAACCAGCCCAUCGCUUCACGAUCCCGCAGGAUGUGGACCUCCUCAAGGAGGUACUCACUAUAUGCCCACACGACGCGCCAUACGGUCAAACCAGUGGGCGAUGGGCAGAAGUCGGGGACCGUAUGCGAACCAUCCACGGCGACAGCCUUAGCGCCACCGGUUGCAGAAAGCGUUGCGACGACCUCCUGGCAGCAUUCCACAAGGAUUCAUUGGCAUCGCUGCGGGCAUCCGGCACGGAUGAGCAGCACCACGAGCGAGAGCAAUUGCUGCAAGACCUGAAGGCCUUGAUUGACGCGAUUUCCGACAAGAAACGAGCCUCCAAGGAAGACAAGGGCAGUAGAGAAGACAAGCGCGAAGCAAGAGACCCUGCCGUGCGCGCUGUCGUGGACUUGAAGCGGAAGGCGGUGGAGGAGGACGGCGAGAGUAGUGAUUCCGAUGGUGCGACGACACCAAAGAAGUACAGUCGUCGUCGCUCCGCCAUCCUCAAGGAAUCAACCCAUGAUGUGGCGACCUUCAUAUCCAUGUUGGAAAGCACAAACAAGGUCAGGAUGGAAGAGCUCGCGCUCCAGAAGGAGGUCAAUGCCAUCACCGCGCGCAAGCUCGAACUUGACGAGAAGCGGUACCUCCUCGAGAAGGCAGAGAGGGAAGCCCGUUUGGCGCUGGAACAGCAGGAGCGUCAAAUGCAGAUCGAAUUUAUGAGGAGCACUCUCGACAUGAUGCGUGCUAUAACUAAAAAGGUCUAACGAUCUGUUAAUUUGACGAUGUUGCAGAAACUACUACUGGUAUUAACACGUAACAAUACGUCGAA